AUGCCCCGCCUCGCCCCCGUAAUAUCGCUCUCCCACGGCGGCGGACCCAUGCCCGUCCUCGGCGACCCGUCCCACGCCUCCAUCACGCGAUCGCUGCAAACAAAAGUGCCUCAGAUACUCAAACUAGGCACACCGGAUGCGCCGCGCGCCAUUGUAGUAGUAACGGCGCACUGGAGCACAGAAAAAGCGAGGGUAUCAAGCGGCGCUAAACACGAGUUACUUUAUGAUUAUUACGGGUUUCCAGAGGAGAGUUAUAAGAUACGACAUGAUGCGCCCGGGAGUCCUGAGGUAGCAAGGAUGGUGAAGGGGGUGUUGGAGGGGGAGGGGGUUGAGUGUGUUGAGGAUGGGGUCAGAGCAUGGGACCACGGCGUCUUCAUCCCCCUCAAACUCAUCGACCCUACCGCCACAACCCCCAUCGUCCAACUCUCCGUCCUGGCUUCUGAAUCCGCGUCUCAACACUACGCCAUCGGCCGCGCGUUGGGUAAACUACGACCCCAUAAUAUCGCCAUCAUAGGCAGCGGGUUUGCGACGUUUCAUAACCUCAAGCUCAUGUUUGAUGGCACGGCGCAGACACCGGAGUUUAAGAGAUUGAAUCAGGAGUGGAGCCGAAGCGUUGGUGAUGCUGCGUUGACGGUGGAUGAGGGGGAGAGGGAGAGGAAGUUUUUGGGGUGGAGAGAGUGGACGGGAAGCUGGGUUAUGCAUCCGAGGGGUGGUGCAGAACAUUUCCUGCCAUUAAUCGUGUGUGCGGGGGCGGCAGGAUCGACGAAAGGGAAGAGUUAUGCGGAUGAGAUGAUGGGCAAUGAUAUGUGGAGUUAUUACUGGGAUGAACAGCAGAUGCUAUAG